ACAACGGGCAAAAACCGGUGUCUUAAAAUACAAGCCAAGCGUUUUGCGUCGUAGCAGGAACAACGAGCGCGACAUGGGCGGCGGCACGUCCAAGGAAGCGGCAGCGCCCAAGCAAGCUGCGGCAGCGUCGACGAUCGAGCCCAAGGCUGGCGGCAACGCGCUGCCCAAGCCGCCCAAGCCCAUCAAGGACCUCAAGCUGUACAUCUCCAUGUUCAAAGACGAUGCACUCGAGCUCUCGCAUGCGUCGGGAUCGGACUUUACGGGCACGCUCACCACGCACAAACUCGCAGUGCUCAAGCAGGUUCCGCCGGAAAUCUUCGUGCUUUGCCACCUCAAGGAGCUCAACGUGAGCGCCAACGAUAUUCACGUCCUCGACCCGGCGAUCGCCAACCUCGAGGCCCUCACCAAGCUCGACCUUUCACAAAACCACCUCUCGGAGCUACCCGAUGCGCUCUGCCAGCUCCCGAAUUUAUCGUCGCUCAUCGUGUCAGAGAACGACCUCGUUGCACUCCCCAAGACCAUUGGUAACUUGAAGGCACUGACACAAAUCAUCGCCUUUAAGAACGGCAUUACAACGCUACCCGACUCGAUCGAUGGCUGCAUCGCGCUCGAGGAGAUCAACUUUUACAACAACAAGCUCACCGAGCUCGGGCCCGGCUUCUUCAAGCUCGCCAACCUCGUCGAGCUCAACAUCGCUGGCAAUGCACUGACGCAACUCGGAGCGAUACCAAACCUCGUGCGACUCAAACGCUGCGCCGCCUACUUUAACCGCCUUCGAACGUUCCCGGACCUCAAUCACUGCAAGGAGUUGACUCAAGUGCAGCUGUACCGCAACCAAUUGAAGGAGCUCCCGGACCUCUCGAACCUCCCGAGCUUGACCGAAGUCGAUGUCAACACGAACUUGCUGCGCCAGAUCCCAGAGUCGCUCUGCACGGGCAACACGAGCAUGCGCAUGCUCAACUUGCGGAAAAAUCGACUUGUGGAGCUUCCCGCCUGCAUCGGGCAACUCACGGCCCUCGAGAUCCUCAACUUGGGCGGGAACGCCAUCAGCUCGCCCGUACCCGACUCGAUCGCGCAGCUGCCAGCGCUCGUGUCGUUCCUCUUCGACGACUCGAAUCUGACAGUGCUACCGUUGGCGCUGCUGGGGCUCCACUCGCUCGUCCGCGUCGACGUUGGCCGGCGGAUUGAUAAGAGCGACGCGACGACGAUCAAGGUCAUGGCGCAGCUCGAGGCCAUUUGCGUCGCCAACCGCGGGUGGCUCAAACAAACCUAAGGUUCCGCGGGUUAUAGCACUAGGCAUGUAUCAUCAUCGUUCGAGCAACACAGAUCGGCAUUCUGUAC